UUGAGAGUCCUCAUUGGUACGUACAUGAAACAACAUGGCCUCAACACAAAUCGUGAGUGUCAUUGCCAUCGCGGCUGCAGAACAGGUACAUUUAAAGCCAAUUUUGGAAAGCUGUUACGAGUUUGCUAUGGCCUUGUGGUCCAAAUUCCACAUGAAUUUCAUUGCCCUUGAGUUGCGACCUUCGAGCAACUAACACAGCUGCCAGAAUGACGUGCAAAACGUACACAGCAGUUGUGAUAUUAUUGGCUCAAAUCUGCGCCCGUACAAACGCUAAUCCGCAAGAAGUUUGGAAUGUCUCCAUAACAACGUUCCCAGAGGGCCCUGUCCUUGAGGGCAGUAACGUCACGCUCACUUGUGCCGUCAACAGCGACCCACCCUCUGGAGGAUGGCUUGAGUUGCAGCACCGUUUCUGGUACCGGACCACUACAGUCAGUGAUGAGAUUUAUGCAGCGACCAGCCACAAUUUUGAGCUUGAAGGAGUCCUCUGGAACCAGACUGGCUGGUACCUAUGUUACGGAAGGCAAAACUUCGAACAAUGGCCUAGGUCCUCAAAUUUGACUCCUGUCAUGGUCCAUUAUCGACCUACAAUAACCAAUAAAGACAGGACGUGGAUUGGGGCAGAGGAGAUGUACACUGCAACUUUGGAGUGCGUGAUCCGGGGAAACCCCCAACCUACGGUAAUUUGGUACGGUCUAAACGGAACCAUCAUAACUGCUACCAACGGCUCUGAAGAAAUUUCUCUGAAAGAUGUCAUUAGGGGGGAUGGAGUUGUUGGAUACCUCGUCAAGAGUCGCCUUACUAUUGACUCUGUGAAGCCCAGCAAAGAUUACGGGAUGUACAGGUGUAGAGCUUCAAACAAUAUUGGCUCAUACGACGAGCAUGAAAUACAGCUAACUAAAACAGGAAAACCUGAGCCGCCACGUAUCCUGAGUCCAUUCUAUGUAUCGAGGAGAUCCAUAAGUGCCACAUUUGUACCAGGUUACGACGGUGGCGAGAGACUGCAGUCCUACUUUGUCAACAUUCGCAAGAUCCCCGGAGAGUUUGACCCCCGUGGCUGGAAACGACACAAUCAGAAUGACACUCACCUCAGUUUCGACAACCUCAAACCGGGCGCCCAGUACCAAAUUGCCAUGUAUGCAACCAACGCUCAUGGCUCCAGUCCACAUGGGACGGUAACGGUUUGGACGUAUCUCGAUACACCUUUUUCCUUAGGUAUAGACGUGUCGUACAGUAGAGCACAAGAGAGAUUUGUCGUCACCGGCGUACCACAAGACAACGAUACAGCAACCUGCUUGCGAAUAACUGGGAAUAACUACACCAUGUACGGAUGGAAGAGUCUCGGUUCAGACCUGGACUGUAUCCAGCAUGAUGGCGUGUUCCCGUACACCGGUCUGUCAUACCGAAUGAAAUGUAAUUACUGUCGGGACGAUGUGUGUAGCAGCCCCAACAGAAUAUACGAUUGGGACGUGACCAUGACUAUGUCUCCACCGGGUCCGGUCGUCGAGGGCACCGAGGUCUUACUCACCUGCAUCAUCAACAGGGAAGAACUUGAUAGCAAAUUGACUCUCUGGCAGUUCAGCCGUGAUCAGAUAUCCUCAACCAAUCUUAAUCGACCGACAUAUGAAAGACCUUACACAAAUUUGACUCUGGGUGAGGUAUACAGAAACCAGUCUGGCUGGUACCGAUGCGCUUGGACCAGAUACGCACCACCGUCUAAUUGGAAGCCAAGUGCAUACUCGGAAUGGACUGCUGUUGCAGUGUUCUAUCGCCCCGAAAUAACCAGUGAGGGGAGGACGUGGAUUGGUGUUAACGAGAACCAAUCAGCUACAUUUGAGUGCGUAAUCCUGGGCAAUCCCCUUCCUAAGGUCACGUGGUACGGUGCAAAUGGUAUUGCAAUAAGUAACAACACCGAUCCCGGUCGAGUGUACCUGGAAGAUACCAUUACUGGAGAUGAUUUUGCAGGGUUUUUAAUCAAGAGCCAAGUGACAAUCUUUCCAGUGCAGAGCACCGACUAUGGAAUAUACACAUGUAGAGCUGCCAACCAUAUCAGUCAGUAUGAUAAAUAUGAAAUACAGUUGAAUAAAACAGGAAAGCCUGAGGCACCGAAAGAUCUUCGAGCAUAUUACUUUGCAGAGAAUGAGAUUCAGGUGGUUUGGGCACCAGGUUACGACGGUGGCGAGACGCUGGAGUUCUAUUACAUCAACAUUCGCGUGAUUCCUCGAGAAUUUGACCUUCUGGGCUGGAAUGAACUCAAUCCAGACAGGCCCCAUGAUCAUUUCAGUGACCUUGAACAUGACACGCUCUACCAAGUAGCAGUGUAUGCCAAAAACAGGCAUGGCUCGGGCCCUUACGCAACAGUGGACAAGCGCACGAAACCCAAUGCGCCGUCAUUGAUGGGUAUCACUGUGUCAUACAGCGUGGCAGAGAGGACGCUCUUUGUCGCCGGCAUGCCAGAAGGCAGCAAUGCCGGGACCUGCUUGCAGUUGAUGGGUUUUGAUGCUGAACACAACGACUGGGUGAGUCUGAGGCCAGACCUGGACUGCGUUCAGCAUGACGGCGAGUUUCAGUACUCUGGGCAGUAUGGCGGCCAUUUGCAUUGCCGGUACUGCAGGGAUGGGUUGUGCGGCAAAGAGUCCCACAUAGCCGAGGUGAAUCCGUCGACUACUCCGGCCCCUCAGUCAGCUUUAACGACUGAGGCGAGCGGUAGAAACGGCGAGGCCACUUGGCCGAUAAUCUUGGCCUCCUGUUGCGGUUGCGCGCUCCUAGUGGCCUUCAUUGUGUGCUGUUACAGGCGCAAGUGGUGCUGUGUUAAAACCACCUCAUCAGAAGACUGUGCUGAAUACACUACCCAGCCAAAUACCACCGUAGAGGAGACACACCCAUUGAAGGACGUACCUCCAACUUACUUAGAAACGACUGAAAUGCAGGUCAUUGCUGACGACGGUGAAAAUCAACCACCAACGCGUAAGUGGGUACCAUGCAGCCUACAGCAGCAGACUCGGGAUGGAGAGGAACAUUGUGUCUAGGGAUCUUGCUGAUUGUGGUCUUAGCAGCAGAGGGCGUGGCCUAUGAAAGAGUGAACAUUUCUCGGAAUACGGAGCAGAAGAUGGAGGAUCUUUCUGUAAAUUGAAAAAAGUAUACAUGUUAUAUUACACCUAAUUAUGUAAAUGGACGUUUAAAUUUUUUCCAGAAUUCUUCUUUCCAACUUUUCCCGGUUUAGGAAAAUCCCUGCUUCCAAAGCUUUAGACGUUUAAUCGUUAGAUGUGCUGUUUCAAAAAAGUCUUAGGUUUAAACGCACGCUUGACCAGCAGUUACUAAAGUGCCAUAACGGGGAUGUUAUGCGAGAAAGUGGGGCAAAAUGGUACACCAACUUUGAAGGCCUCUAAUUUUUAAAACUGACUUUGAGCCUAAACAUUUAGUGUUCAGAUCGAACCACGUCCUUAUUUAGUGUUCUUCAUACAAGAACCAAUCAUGUUGAGCAAGUAUCGCCAUAUUUAAAACGUGUUUUAGUGCACGCGAUGCACAAAUGUGUUUCAGAUCAAGGCAAUAAUAGCACAAGAGUAAGAUUGGUGAGAGCUUAAUGUUUUCAAAGAGCAGUCGGCUUUGGUAAGAUCCGUUUUCUCGUUUUUUUUUAGAGCAGUUGGCAUAGGUUCGACUGAGUAUAUUUUUAGACAGCAAUAUAGGCAUGCAGUUUAAUAAUUCACUCCAAUUCACAUUCACUCCUUUAAAAUUGAUCUUCAAGGAAAUGGGUGUGGUCAUUUCUUUACAGCAGAAAACUUCAUUAGAUAAUAUAACUUUAUUUAAUUGCAUUUUUAUUUAUGCACUGCAACUGACUGAGCAGGGUCCGUUUGGCCCAGUUAAGAUAGGAUCCGUUUUACCACAAAGGGCAAUAGUGUAAAUGAAAACCUUAAACUCGACAAAUCGCGUAACAUACUCCACGUCAAAACUGGUCUUCUGUUUUUUUCACACAGAUAACGGUUUAACUUGUUAAUACAGUAUAAAAAUAUUUCCCUUGUCAGUUUUCCAAAGACCCCUUAUGGACUAUGUUAAUAUAAUUUAUAUCACAGUGGAAAAAAUUCAGAAUGGAGACGCGCGAAUGUUACCGCGCUGAAAACUUCGAAAAUGGCAUCAUCUUCGUUAUAAACAACACGUACAGUCAACGUUAGAUGGCGCUAUAUCGCUUUCGAGAUAUCCAAGGGGUUUGUUUUAUCAAAAGGCCCGUUUUACCCCACUUUUCCACUAACUGAUUCAGACUAUGGAGCCUGAAAGAUGACCCCUGAUGGUCCACUUCCAGAACCCUUUGAUGGGAAGAAUAACGUGCAAAAAUUCCUAGUUCCUGUCCAGUGCCUAGUCUCCAGAGACGCCGUACUUGAAGUGUGAACGUUUUUUUUAACAUUUUUGCUCACGUGUUGAAUCAAAAUAAAUAUAUAUAUGAAAUUUCAGCUCCAAUAAUAAUCGUGUGUGAUGUCAUCAUGACGUCUUGAUUCAUUAUUAAAUUUUAAGUAUUCACAACACACAUUGUUUCAGUCCCUCGAUAGCUUAAGUGGAAGCAAGGGUCCGCGCUGCACCCCUAUCAUGGAAUUAUGAUUCCAUGAAUAAUAAGCAUGGAUGCCCCAUGCCAUUACUCAAGUUGUACUUUUCAAUUGUAUUUGAAUUUUCGUAAGUAGAAUUAAAUAUCUCAAUGGCCGAUCUUCGAUGGUUGUUGAAGACCGUCUCAGGAGAGUAGGCACACGUAAAUGACCUGAGCCAAAGCUGGGGGGGGGGAAUGAUCAGUGUCCAUUCUCCUGAGUCUAAGAAGUAUCAGCCAAGAAGAUUUUCAGUUGGCAGUAGCACGGCGUCUGAUCUUAGCCCUAGCGCGCUGCGCUUUCACUCCAACAUAAUAUUUGGUUGCAUGGGCGUCGUGCAGAUGCUGGAGGGAGGGGGAAGCAAAGUAUUUUUUUCGAGAAGGGGAAAUUUCCAGGGGGUUGGGUGAGCAAAGCACUCGUUAACAACGAAGUGUUAAUAAGUGGAAGGAGGUCGAUUUUGAGGCUUUGCAAGUUUUCACCUGCAUCCAUCCUUUUUGUUUUGUUUCAUUUCCUUUAAUUUACUUUCCCCUCUUAUUUCAUUUUGUCGAGGGAGUGGGGUGGGGUGGGGAAGCUCCCCUCUCACGAGCCUAUGGUGACAAUUUCCAUCGUGUCUGAAAGGCAAAACAAACAACCAGACCCAAUCCAUGUUUCAUUUUAGUUACUGCAUUUCAUCAACUGCAUAUUUGGUCCUUGCGGCCCCGACCACAUACACAUACAUACAAGACCAUAUAAAAUGUUUAUUUACGCUUAUCACGUUUUACUCCCCUGUUAGAAUGCUACCAAAAAGUCUCCAUUUACUUUUUUCUUUCUAUUUCGAGUAUCAUGCGUCAAUCGCUGCAGGUCUGAAUUUCAUUUUAUUGCAUUAAGUCACCACAUUUGAACAAUCAACAUGGCUUCCAAAAUGGCAUACACAAAAUACGUGGUAUUUCUGAUAGGAUUGGCUGGAAUCUGCACCUGUAGAGAGACAAUCCAGAGAAGUAGGUCGCAUUAGGAUGCUCAGUAAUGCACUAUGAUUAAACUUAUUUUCAGCCAUACCGACGGAUGAGUGAGAAACACGAUGGCUGAACUCUCGUGGCACUGACAAAAUGAAAUUCAGAUGAAGCUAGGAGGACCGAGUAGUUAUUUCCUAUUGGAAUUCAAGCGUUGAGAACACUGACGGGCGAAAUUCUUACGGGAUCUCUUUGAACCCUAUCAAACCCUCAAUCUCAUUUGUUCAAAAUAAAUAAGCAGUUUGCCAAAUGGCUGACACGCGA